AUGUUGAACGAGCUUGUCCGUCUCACUACUGACUGUGUUAAAAACACCCUGGCAGUUGACGUUGCUGAAGAUGUUGCGCUAGUCUCCGCCAUCGCCCAACGCGUGAAUCCAGCUGUAAAGAUCGAUGCGGUGAUUGCGGUUGGGAAGAAGCGUUAUUGGAUGGGCCUCGUAGCUAGCGUGAAUUUUCCAGGAAAAACUAUAGAAGAAUGCCUUCAGGUUCUACAUACUGAUAUCGUUGAAGUGUGGAACAUUCAAGAUGGUUGCGGGUAUCUGGAAAGCAAGGAACUGAAAAAGCUAAUGAUCGAACUUGUUGGGAAUCAAUAUGACGAGCCGUCAGAUCCCAACACCAUAUUUCCCCGUGCUUAUUCACUGCUUGGUGGCUUGACUGCGUUAAUUGGGGGUUUAACUUCACCUGCUGCUCCCAUUGUGAUUCCGAUUGUUGCGUCUCUCUUGCUGGCAAAAUGGAUUUUCAAUGUGGCACUCAUGCUACAAUGUUUAAUGGCAUACAUCGUUGACUUCAUAAUUAUUAUGCAAAUAAUUUUUGGCCUCCUGGUGAAUGCCCAUCUGCGCCUUUCCCGCCGCUUGAUCAAGCUCGUCUUUAAGGCCUACAGCAUUUCAGUUGAAAGGAGCAAAGUUCACAAGGAGAUUAAGGAACAUGUGAAGCUGGCAGGCUGCUUUGACCGGGAUGCAGCUCUGGCAAAGAUCAUACAAUUGAUCAAGGAGUAUCAGAUGAAACCUGAGAGUAUGGAGGAGCUACAAAGUGCAGUUAAGGCCUUCGAGAACAAUGAGGACAAGGAUUGGGGCGUAGGCAAAGCGUGA